AUGGGAGGCAACCUGAGCAAGGCGCUCUCCGUGCUCCAAAAGAAAGGGGACCCGGAAUGGACCGAGGCAGUCCCUGCCCCCUUGGAGGACCCUCCGACGCCCCCUGCGACGGACCCUCGCCUUCCCCUGACCGCCAGGCAGCUCUUCAACAUCACCAAAUCUUGGAAAGGAAUUGCCAGGGCCAUGGAACCCACGGGGAUUACUAUGUUUGUGAGAUUAUUUGAAGAAAAUGAGGACAUCCUCCACCUGUUCCAGAAAUUCCAGUACAAACGUUUCCACGAGCUUCACCGAGACAGCAUGGAGUUGGCUCAGCAUGCGUCCAUCGUGAUGAACACCCUCGACGAGAGCAUAAAGAAGCUGGGCAACGUCGACUACUUCAUGGACUACCUCCACGCUGUUGGGAAACUACACACGAAAAUUCCUGGUUUCCAAAGAGACUAUUUUUGGAGAAUAGAACGUCCAUUUCUGGCAGCUGUUCAAGAUACUUUAGGUGAUCGGUAUACAGACAACAUGGAGAACAUUUACAAAAUAACAAUCCGUUACAUCCUGGAUACCAUCGUUAAAGGCUUUGAUUUGAACAGUGGCUUGAACAGUACAAAAUCACAGCCUUCAAAAGCUUCCCCAGAGCCGUCCCCAUCGCCUCCCGACACCCAAGUUGGCAGUACAACGACUAAUAACAUCAAAAACCAGGUGUCGCUGAAAUCUUAAUGGUGGCUUAAUUUUUUUCUUAAGUUCUUAAAUGUGAACAAGAUCCAAAGACUUUCAAGAAAUAUACGAUCUGACAAAGCUAGAAUACAUAAUAAGGGUACCUUGGCGAAUAAUGGAUUUAUGGCCAUAAUUAAGGCUUUUCUAGCUGGUGACAUUCUACACCUGCAUCGCAAACCUAGUGUUAGCCGCCA